AUCAGUUUUCCGAUUUCAGGAAGAGCAUCAGCAUCUUCAAUUCGUUGACAACCGGGACUGAAUGUAUGUGACAACAACGACUGUCAAAUUUAGGAUUUCAAAAACAUUUGUUGCUUUUUGGAUUCAUAUAGCAGACAGGUCACUCAAUCUUUAUCUCGUUUUCUGCAGGUCAGACAAAUGAAGUGAAAAACGGGAUAUGAUGUCAUCGUUUCAGGUGGUAGGCUCAUCGCCCAGCAGUGGCAUCGGAGUAAUGGAAACAUCAAACUUUGCCCAUGUCAUCUUCCAAAACGUUGGGAAGAGCUUCCUGCCCCAGGCAGCACUGGAGUGUCGCUACACACUCACAUCUUACAUCACCCCCAACCCCAAAGACUGGGUUGGCAUCUUUAAGGUGGGCUGGAGUACAGCCAGGGAUUACUAUACGUUCCUGUGGUCUCCCAUGCCAGAAAACUACCAGCCUGGGAGCACCGUGCACAUGGCUGUGGUGUUCCAAGGUUAUUAUGUCCCCAAGAGUGAUGGGGAGUUCUAUCAGUUCUGUUACGUGACACACACGGGUGACAUCAGAGGUGCCAGCACGCCGUUCCUGUUUCGCCCGGCCACGCCCACCGAGGACUGUCUCACCGUUACAGAGGACGACAGCAACUCUGAUAUAUUGGUGGUGACCACCAAGAGCAGUGUGCUUGAGCAGCGCGUAGAUGAGGCGCAACAGGAGUGUAGGGAGCUGUUGAAGAGCAUGCACCAGCUGCAGGAGGAGAAACAGCAGCUGCAGGAGGAGCACAGGAGGCUCCACAGAGAGAGGGAGCAGGAGAGGGAGACCUGCAGCCUCCUGCGGACACACAACCAGGAGCUGUUGCGCUCCUCCCAGGGCUUGUCAGAGGAGAGGGAGGAGGUGAGGCGAAGGCUUCAGGAGGCCACAGACCGGGUGAGACAGUUGGAGGAGGACCUGCUGGAAGUCACUCAGAAAGGAGUGCACAAGGAGACAGAGCUGGACUGUCUGAGAGACAGGUUGAAGAAGCUGAGAGUGGAGAAGGACAGUCUGGAUACUCAACUGAAGAACGAGAAGGACGAGAGGGACCUCUACAAGGCCCACCUGCGCAGCACAGAGCUGGAGAACACCAAGCUGAGCGCGGAGCUGCAGAUGCUGAAGGCUGUGGAGCUGAACAGGGAGGUGACCAUCGCCCAGUUCCAGGAGGAGCUGGACAGGCUGCGGGCCUGCGUCACUCAGAGAGACAGCCUGGAGAAAGAGCUGCACAACCAGGCUGUCGACAAGGCCGAGAUGUCUCGCCUGAGGGAGCAGCUCCGCCAGGCCGAGGAGCAGCUCCAGGCGUCCCGCCAGCAGGCCGCCAUGUUGGCCUCAGAGCUCCGUGAUUCGGCGAGCGUCCGCGACCGCACCAUGACCGAGCUUUAUCGUGCCAGGCUGGAGGCAGACGCCCUCCGCGCCAGUCUGGCUGACGCCCAAGCCGAGUGCCGGCGAAUGGAGACACAGCUGGACCGCAUGAGGACGCCCCCCCGGCAGGAAGUGGGUGUGGGGACCUCCAGUGAGGGGGCUGGUGUGGUCUCGGAGGCAGAGGUGGAGCUGCAGAGGGAGGUGGAGGAGCUGAAACUGAGACUCCACAUGGCCGCUGAGCACUACAAGGAGAAGUACAGGGAGUGUCAGCGACUCCGCAGGCAGGUGGCCAAGCUCAGUGAGGCCCAGGGGGAGUCCAAAAGGAAUGCUGCUACUGAGACCACGCAGGAGUCACUGACACCCAGUCCAGAGUCCCCUACAGCAGGCAAUCUGACUACAGCUGCCCUGAGAGGAGCCACUGAGAGACCCUCUGGCCCUGACCACAGUGACAAAGAUGGGGAACACACUGACACACACAACACACCCACUUCAGUGGCAGAAGAGAGGGAGCACACACACAAUGACACACAGGGCAACACAUUCUCUGGCAUGGAGACCAUGAGAGUUGGGGAGAAGGGGAGAUGGGUGGAGAGGGAAGUGGGUGGAGGAGAGGAUUACGAGACGGAGGGGAGUGUGGAUGGGGAGAGUAAAGAGGACAGGGGUGUAGAGGAGGAGUGCAUGAGCAUGAAGAUGGGGAGCUGGGUUGAGGUGGAGAAUGAGAGGAGGAGCGCCGAAGAGGCGGAGGAUGGGAGGAGUGUGGAGGAGGUGGAGGAAGAAGAGACCCGUUCAGUGGAGGAGGAGUUGGCGAGGAUGGAGGAGAAGUGGGCGGAGCAGUGCGCCAUCAACGAGACGCUUAAACAAAGACUGGCUAAUGAGGAAGAGCGAUUCAGGAUCCAGAUGGCAGAGAGGGCCAUGGAGGUGACAGAGCUGAAAGAGAGUCUGGCUGAGGCCCUCCGGGAGAAGGACCAACUCAAGGAGAAGCUGCAGCAUUGCCAGGGCAAACAGAGGGAGCAGGAGGCUAAAGGUCAAGGGUCAGAAGUCAAACUGCCUGUGUUGCUCCGCUAUCCAUUACCCUACCCCCAGGACCCCUCCCCACCCCCUCUGGUUCCCCAGAGACCCGCAGAGCUACAGUAUGGGAACCCUUACUCCACGGAGAACACACGAGACGGAGCAGACGGGGCCCUGUCUCCGGAGCAGAUGCCCCGGCCACCCCCUGAGGUUCCUGGUCCGUGUGCCCCCCCAGCCACCCUCUCAACCCCCCCGAGUGCAGGGUGGGAGCGAGAGGUGGUCUGCAUCCAGCCCUCCUCCUCACGGAGUAUGAGCCCUCCUGACGGACUGGAGCACCCCCCAGAGGAGCCACACAAAGUGGGCGAUGGGGAACAGCCGACCUGUAAUCACCCGGGCAACAGCCGACAUACCGACAACAGAGGCAGUUUCUGUUUUGACUCCAGCGGGGAGGUCCACAAGCGCUGUCCGCUGUGCGAGGUGAUCUUCCCCCCCCACUUCGAGCAGCGGAGCUUCGAGCAGCAUGUGGAGAGUCACUGGAAGGUGUGUCCCGUUUGCUCGGAGCAGUUCCCCCUGGACUGCCAGCAGCAUCUGUUCGAGAAGCACGUGGUCACGCACUUCGACGGCCACGUCCUCAACUUCGACAACAUGGAGUAGCGGGGUGGUCAGGGGAGUGUGGAGGAGGGAAAGUGGGAUUGAGAGGUGUCACAGGGAAUUGGUGUUUGCAGAACUUCUGUUUAAGUCAGGGUUAGGGAUGAUUUCAGUUUAGGUGGGGGGGGGGUGGGAUUCCGAAACUAGACGAUAAAUAAGGUGGGGAAAAUUGCACUUUUAAUGGUAUGAAUGUGUAAGACCGGGGAUGGGUCGGUUCCGGUUUUGGGGAAAAUACUAAAACAUUGCUUGCUGUGAGGCUUACGAUUUACUGUCAGAGCUGUUGGGCUUUGUUCCAUAUUAUGAUGUCAUCUUUUGGGCUUUGUUCCAUAUUAUGAUGUCAUCUUUUGGGCUUUGUUCCAUAUUACAUCAUCUUUCUGCUUUGGGGAUGAGGCGUCAUUAUCACUGCAGCAUGUGUUCAGUAUCCGUAGGUAUCAUCCGUGUCAAUCAGCCAGUCAAUAGUAGCUACUUUACAGGACUUUGCUUUCAGUUCAUGUUCCCAGUCACUCUGCUAGCCACACACAGUGAUGGGAUGGGAUGGGAGGGGGCAGAGGAUUUCACUGUCCCGUGGACACUAAAAGGUUACGGUGGGGAUUAGGGUAUGGAUAAACUGAUCCUAGAUCUGUAGUCAGGGGAAACACCGAGCAUUGGAGUAAGGAUUAAGUGAUGUUGAGGCCAUUCCAGCCUAAUGUAUUGUACUAUAUGACAGAGUCAUACUCUUGUGAGCAAACUAUGUCAGAGGUAAAAAAAAAAAAGAUUUAGCACUUAAUUUCACUGCACUAAAAAGGCUUUAUUAUUCCGAAUGUAUACUGUACAUAUGAAGGAAGUAUCACUAUUAUGGAGAAAUAUCUGAAUUUGCUGUUUGUUGUGACUUCUCAAUGUAUUCCAUCAUGUUUUAGUAAGCACAGAAUAAUGAAGGAUCAGUUAGGAUUUACUUCCUGGUCUCCAUUCACUGGAUUGGCUGAUAUUUUCCAUCAUGUUCCGCUUCAAGUUGAUUGGAGGGAAAGUAAAUGGAGAUGACAGCUACAGUAAAUGUUUGUACACAUUCACUGUGUAUCAAGUAUGUGACUGGAGAUAUCAAUGAAUUAUUUUUAGUUUGUUUCAGUUCAAGUCAGUUAUUUUCAAAGACGUGCAAUUGUCCACAAUGAGUCUUAAUUUUAUUCUGAAAAUCACCUAAUUGUCUGAGGUUUUUACUGUUCUUUCAAUGUGACCACACAGUGCUGUACAUUCGGUUUCAAAGACUCACACGUCUGUCUUGACCAUCAUGUCUUUUAUGCAACCCUUUUAUGAGAGUGAGCGUGUGUAGGUUUGUAUGUGAGCAUUCAAAAGAUCUUUACGAAUAAAGUACGCUUGUCAAAUGGA